AUGACCGCCGAUACCCUCUCUCUCACCGGAAAAGUCGCCAUUGUCACUGGCUCUGGUCGCGAAACCGGCAUUGGCGCAGGCAUCGCGACUGCCCUGGCUCGAAACGGCGCAUCGGUGGUUAUAAAUCACGUCUCUGACACAACUUCCACGCGUGCUGCAGCCGUGGCCCAAAAGAUAGUCGAUGCUGGAGGAAAAGCAGUUGUUGUUCAAGCCGACGUAUCGACCAAAGAGGGCGCCGAGAAACUUGUCCAGCAAAGCCUUGAAAAACUCCAGGUUCAACAUGUUGAUAUCCUUGUGAACAACGCUGCUGGCGGCCGUCCGGAAUCUUUCCUUACAGCUUCUCCAUCUUCGAUCGAAACGAUAUUCAAAUCCAUCGUCUACGCACCCAUUUACAUGAUUCAAUCCGUUAUCCCUCACAUGCCUCGAGGAGGCCGGAUAGUUAAUACAGGUAGCGUUGCGUCAAAACUUGGUCUCGGCCCAACUGCAGUAUACGGAGCCGCCAAGGCUGCUGUAGAUGCAUUGACCUUCUCCACGUCGAUGGAGCUGGGCCGUGGCUAUGGUGUGACAAUAAACACUGUCAUGCCCGGCCCGGUUGAUACAGAGGCACUGCCCAAAGAAGUUGCGGACAAGAUACACGGGGCUUUGGUGCCCUUGACAAGAGCAGAGGAGAGGGUCGGUGCAGUUGAGGAUAUUGCAGACGCGGUGCUGCUGCUCUGCUCUGAGAAGAGUCGGUGGGUGACCGGUCAAGUUAUUAGUGUUAGUGGCGGGAUUACCGGAGGAUGA